AUGGUUAACAUUAUAUGGGGCCUUGCGUCGCUCCUGCUCGCAGGUCCCGCGUCAGCAGCUAUCCCCAAUGUCAUACUUCGCGGCAUGUCUUCUCUCCCAAAGCUCCCAGUGCCGGAUCGUAUCAUCACUUCGCCGAAUGGCACAGUGCUCCCACCCAUUACCACCGUCUAUUACUUUAAUCAGCUCAUCGACCACAAAAAUCCACGCCUCGGGACCUUCCAGCAGCGAUACUGGAUGAACUGGGAGUUUUACCGGCCCGGUGGCCCCAUCAUCUUGAUGACGCCUGGAGAAGGUGCUGCGGAUGACGCCACGGUGUUCAUUACCAAUCAUAGUAUCAAUGGUCUCAUCGCUCAACAACAGAAUGGUACAGCCAUCCUCAUCGAACACCGGUUUUUUGGCUAUUCCAAUCCAUACGACAACCUCACCUCACAAUCUCUCGCUGUCCUUACCAUUCAGCAGGCCAUUGAUGAUCUCGAGUAUUUCGCAAAUACCGCUGACCUUCCGAUGCCUGGAGGCGAUGCUGUGAAACCAGGUCAGGCGCCAUGGAUAUUAAUCGGAGGAAGUUACUCAGGGGCCCUCGCGAGUUGGACGAUAGUCAACAAACCAGGACUUUUCUGGGCCGCGUAUGCAUCUUCUGCAGUCGUUGAAGUAAUCACCGACUUUUAUAAGUUUUUCACCCCAAUUUACGAGUACAUGCCACAUAACUGUUCCUCUGAUAUAGAGGCAGUAAUUGCCUACCUGGAUGGGUUGUAUAUGGCUAACGACACAGCUGGAAUCCAGAUCCUCAAGGAGACAUUCGGCCUGGGGGAUGUUGUACAUGUAGAUGAUUUCGCCAGUGCACUUCAAUCUAGCCUGUUCACUUGGAAUACAAAAUUGUUCGUCAAGCUCUGUGAUGCACUCGAGGUCAAGGACGGUGUCAUUGCCGGACCUGAAGGAUGGGGACUUAAAAACGCGAUAUACUCUUGGGGAAACUUCUGGAACACUACAUUCUACAACUAUUCCUGUGGAAUCGAGUCGGAUGCCGAAGCCUGUCUUGGGUCGUAUGACACCAGCCAGAUCUUCUGGACUAAUGUCACCGUGAAUAAUUCAUGGAGGUCGUGGUAUUGGAUGGUGUGCAAUCAAAUGGGGUUCUACCAGGUUGGCCCUCCUAAAGGCCAGCCCGCAAUUGUGAGCCGCAUUCUCCAACCCAUUUACGACAAACGCCAAUGCGUGAACAUGUUUCCUCAAGCAUUCACCCAUCCGCCUGAGCCUGCCACGAAAGAGAUAAACGCGAAGUACGGUGGUUGGGACGUGAGCGUCCAGCGUCUCUUCUUCGCAAAUGGCUUGCGUGAUCCUUGGCGCGAGGCCACUGUCUCUGCUACUGGGCUGAAUAAGCCAAAAAAUCCUCGCAUGCCGAUCUAUGAGAGCGAUGGAUUCCAUACCUCGGAUAUGCUCACUAAAAAUAGCAUUGCAGACCCAACCAUUGCAGCUGUGCAGGAAGCAGCAUUGAGGUACAUGAAGGAGUGGCUCGCUGAGUGGAAGCCGUCUAGAAACUAG